AACCCGUUGUGUGACUGCAUGCAUCACGUGUACAAACACUUUCCCUUCUGACCAUAUACAAACACGCUCAGUUGUUCUCGAGCAGAAGCUGUGACUCGUUUCGAUAGAAACAAUAUUGCCCAGCACCUGUUUGAUUGGGGAAUCAGAGCAGAUAAGGAGUAAUAUUUUUUUCGUGACCGAACUCUAUAACUGAUGAAUUCUUCUCCCUGUUCCUACCUCCAUUCAUAAGCAGAUUUCGAAAGUAUAACAUGAAUAAAAUCAGCAAUGGAGAACGUUCCACAGAAAACGAAAGAUAUAACGGUUCGACGAAGGCGAUCGAGAUUAAAAAUUUAAAUGAAUACUUCACUAAUUUGACGAGUAAAGGAAUAGCCGAGCAAUAUAAUAGUUUAAAAUUCGGUCCGUCAAAAUCAACCGAAAUCGGGAAGAAAGCGGAAAAUAAAAUGAAAAAUAGGUACAUGGAUUUAUUGCCGUACGACGAUACUCGAGUGAUUUUAAAAAAUCACCCGAAAGAAAAUUCGGAAGUAUCAGAUUACAUUAAUGCCAAUUAUAUUGAUGGUUACAAAAAAGCUAAAGCUUACAUAUCCACUCAAGGUCCAUUGGAAAGAACUAUAAUCGACUUUUGGCACAUGAUAUGGCAAGAAAAAGCUUGCAAAAUUAUCAUGGCUGCCAAUAUUAUUGAAGAUUGCAAGAAAAAAUGUGAGAAGUACUGGCCAGAUACAACAGCUUCUUACGGAGAUAUUACUAUUACUUUACAGUCAGAAAAAUGCUAUCUAGAUUAUACAAUUCGCAACUUUCUGCUCCAUCACAAAGACGGAACGAGUAGACACAUCAGGCAAUAUCACUUCACGGCAUGGCCAGAUCACGGUGUUCCUUUAUACCCCUUAUCUUUAGUAAUGCUUCUGAAGGCUGCAAAAAAGUAUCAGCCGUUCUGCGAGGCCCCGUUAGUUCUUCAUUGUAGCGCCGGCGUAGGUAGAUCCGGCACCGUUAUGCUGUUAGAUGCGGCCAUAGAUAUGGCAGAAAACGAAGGAUACGUAGACAUCGUCAGCAUGUUAGCAAAGAUGAGGCAGAGCAGAUCAAAUUUAGUAGAGACUGUGGAGCAAUUUACAUUUGUAUACAGAGCCCUAGUCGAUUACUUCUGUGGGGAAGUGACGCAAAAAUCGUGCGACGAAUUCCAAACUUAUUAUAAUUUGAAAGAGAGCGAAUCGUCUAAAACUUUAUUAAAACAGCAAUUCGAGAGGCUGAAAGCACUAAUAUCAGUCGAGACGUCUUCAUUAUCGGUUCAAUCUCGAUUUUAUUUCAAGGCUCCGAACAGUUUGACGGGAGAAACAGCGCAUAAUUCGGAUAAUUGCAAACAAGAGCUGAACCAUUUCUACGUUAAUGGUCACGGAAAACGAAAUGCUUACAUUGUAAUCCAGUAUCCAAAAGUAGAAUGCAUUCAUGAAUUCUGGCAAUUAGCAUACGAUGUAGAAUCUAGAAUUAUUAUAGUAUUUGGCCACGCGAAUAGCCAAGAGAACAAAUAUCCUACGUAUUGGCCAGAAUCGAAUACAUUACAUCAAGGGAAUUUAAAAAUCGAUUAUAUUACUUCCGAAUUGAACUUCGGAGUACUAAUUCAUACGUUCAAUCUACGAAAUUCUGUAGAGCCGCAGACUUCUAGGGUAAUAAAGCAGUGUCAUAUUCUGGACUGGGACGAGAGCGAAGAUUGGCCACCUCCGAAAAAUACUAUAAUAAACCUAUUUAACGCAUUAGAAACGUCGUUAAAAGGAAAACCUGUCUUAAUAGUUUACAAGAAUAAUCCUUGCUGCGCAGGAUUCAUCUGUGCAUCCUGGAUCAUCUAUCGUCAAGUAAUCGAAGAUCGCUUAGUCGACGUCUUUACCGCAGUUAGAACAAUCAGGAGGAAUCAACCUUCUUUUAUUAACUCGCUGGAAAGUUAUCAAAAAUUAUAUGACCUAGCAUCGAGUAUCGUAAACGAGAACAAUUCCAAAUUGUGAUAUUUAAUCGGAAAUUAUGGUUGUGCACGAUUUUAAUACGCCGGAAAAACUCUUUCAACGUGUUUUAUCACUGCAUUAACGACUUACAACUUCGUUUUUGAUUGUUUGAAGCUUUGCAAUUAACUUUAAUCGGGUAAUUAAGAAUUAUAAUAAGAAUAAUCAGUUAGCUGAUGAUAAAAUAUUCUAGAAAACUUCAAAACAUAAGUGAGAUUAUUUUCAAUUCUAUAUGAACUCACUCUAACUAGACUCGAUUAACUGGAAGCGCAAUGAUUCUCAUUCCGAAUAAUCUAUUAUUAGGAAGAGGAUCUUAUCUAUUAUUUUAUAUAUUUAUAGAUAUAGACAGUCCUAUUAGUUACAAGAUUUGUGAUCAGACCCUUUCAACGGAGAGUAGAACUAUUAAUGUAUCAUAAUAUAGUAGUUUAGUUGUAGAUUUUUCAGUUUAAAAAAAGUUUUUCAUUAGACAGAUUUAUUUUAUUAGCUCAGUUGGUUAGUAAAAUUCUGUUAAGAAUUCCUCAGGAGUAUUGGGAAUCUGUCAAGGUAUCCCACCAAUCCAAUUAGCUAAUGACUUAUACGUGUCAUAAUUAGGUAAAUGGAGAUUAGUUACUAGAUAUAACUUUACAACUUUAUCAUAAAUUCAGCUUAAUCUUGCAAGUUCAGUAACGAUGUAUCGUUCUAAAUCUUUUUAACGUACAGUACCAAUUAUUCAAUAUCUAGACCAUCACUAACGAUCAUAAGGCGCGAAUAAUCAAAAUUUUCCAUUUUUGUGGCACGUAAAAGAUGGGGGGAACCUAUCACGUUAAUGUAAUUGUGGCAAGUUUCAGCCAUCCUUACAAUGCCAGUUAUCUGCUCAUUAAUUGAUAAAUGCGGGAAAUGAAACCAAUUAUCGGUCUAGAAAUUACUUAGGUAGCGUUUUCUAACCAUUCACACAUUUAUAGAAGGUCACGCACAAAUGUGAUAAUUAAUUCUUUCCUUAUUAACGAAAAUGACGAUUGUACUGGGGCGUGACUUUGAUAACUUUUUAAAUAUUAUAAUUAUUUAUAAUUAAAUCAUUAAGCAUAUUACUUAUUUAUUACUUUUUUGUACAAUUAAAAUUAAUAAAUUUUGUAUAGUAC